AUGUAUGUUUGCAGAGAGAAUGAGCGGCCCCCUCUGAUCCCUCUGAGCCCGUUAGUUUGGGUAAUCUCUCACCCUGAAAUUAAAUUAAACUGGACUGUCCUUCUUUCCCUCCAUCAGACCAUCCUGGUGCAGAUCUGGUACCCCAUCACCGUGGCAACCAACUCCAGAGAGCAGAAGAAGAUCCUCGCCAAGUAUCUCCUGGAGACUUCUGGGAACCUGGACAAGCUGGCGUAUAAACUCCAUGACUUUGGCUACAGGGGCGUCUCCUCACAGGAGACUGCGGGCAUCGGGGCUUCGGCCCAUCUGGUGAACUUCAAGGGCACAGACACGGUCGCCGGCAUCGGAGUCAUUAAGAAGUACUACGGCACCAAGGACCCCGUGCCUGGCUUCUCAGUGCCUGCCGCAGAGCACAGCACCAUCACAGCGUGGGGGAAGGACCACGAGAAAGACGCCUUCGAGCACAUCAUCAAGCAGUUCCCCAACGUGCCCGUGUCCAUCGUCAGCGACAGCUACGACAUCUACAACGCCUGCGAGAAGAUCUGGGGGGAGGACCUGAGGGCGCUGAUCGUGGCGCGCAGUGCAGACGCUCCACUGGUGGUGCGGCCAGACUCAGGGAACCCGCUGGAUACCGUUCUGAAGGUACAAAGCUAG